AUGGACAUCCAGGACAUGAGGGUGUCCUCCCACAACGGCAACCGGUACUUCCUCGUCGUUGACCGAGCGUCCGACUUCCUCACCGCCUUCCCUCUGCCGUCGAAGGAAGCAGUUGGUGUCAGCCACAAACUGCUGGGGCUCCUCCUCAUGUUUGGUCUGCCGCACUCGAGCCGAUGGGGCCCCGGAAGCGAGUUCAUGGCGGAAGCGAUUAAGCACCUUUGUCGCUGGCUGCGAGUACCCCUGAACUACGGUCCAACCAACCACCCGCCGGCACAGGGAGCAGUCGAGCGGCUGGGGGGCGGCUUCACGAGACCCUGACUCAUGUUGAUUGGUUCCAAGCCUAGUGCUGCUGGAUAAGCACGGCUGACCAGGUUGACAGGGAUGAAGAGAUGGUAAAGUCGUUUAUUAGGUUGCCCUCGUAGACAAGCAACAGGAGAGAGUGGGCGCCACGUGCGCCACAAAGCAUCAAGCAACAGUCGCAAGAUAUUCACCGACGAAAAGACGCGCAGACUUUCUGCAACACGGAACAAUUCCAACUACCAAAGAUAUGUCGGGAGAUACCCCGAAGAUCCACGCCCGUGGAACGGUCACUUGCACACGUCUCGCUCUCAAACCAUACAUGAGUACUACCGCAGUAGCGUUCGUAACGAUGACAUAAUCCACCUCACGGACACCCUCCCUGAUUCUGUACAUCGUCACGAAUGCUCGCAAAAUCAAAGUAUUCCGGGUACUCAUAGAAAAUAAAAAAUAAACGAAGGGGAACCCGGCCACCGGAUCAAAACCCUCCGCCUCCAAGGUCGUCCUGCUGAAUGACAUGUCAACACAAAAUCAACACAGCAGUCAUCAAAUUGCAAACCUCCGCGUUUACAAAUGAUAUCAGACAUUUGCUACUCCUUAUCAAGUAGCCCCCUCCCAGCAACGAGAUCCCUUCUGUAUCAAGUUGCUGUAAGCCCCGGGGCGCGUCUACAGCCCCAGGCACCAAGGCCAAAAAGAGCGGAAAAACGAAAAAUUUGACGCUACAUCGCUUAUCACAGCGGAAAAAACGACAAAAUCUGAGGCUACAUCGCUCCCAACUGACUUCUAGACAAGGGCAGUCUACCACAUUGCAGGGAGAGGUGCCCCCCUCAAAACCUGUACAUCAGAGGUAGACCAAGCAGCACUCAACCGCAAACAGCUACAUCGCUACGGGAGACACUGGUUAUAGACAUAUUCACCACUCCUUUUCAAGCAGUCCCCUACCAGCAACAGGAUCCCUACUGUAUCAAGUUGCCGCCAGCACCGGGGCUCGUCUACAACCCCGAGCACCGUUGUCGAUCCAGAACAGAAAAGCGAAAAACCAACGCUAGAUUGUUCUCAGCGGAAGGACAUUUAAGAGGGCAAUCAAUCACAUCGCAGGGAAGAGUGCCCCCCUCGACCUGUGCAUCAGUGAAAGAUCAAGCAGUAUCUCGACCAAUAACAGCUCAUCAACCCACUUGUUGGUACUGCUACAAUGGGAGACACUGGUAGCCAUCCAUCACAAAAGAAAAAGGGGCGCAGCUUCCUACGUCAACCCUCCCUGACUUCAGAGCAAAUAUCUCAGCCUAAAACUGCUGUAUGGGCUGAAAAAAUAAUUCCGACAUUAUCGAUCAAUUCAGUGUGACCGCGGUGCCUCGCGGGUCAUCCAUACCAAAANGACACUGAAAAGCGAAAAACCAACGCUACAUUAGCAUGCAUCAUUCCGCACGUUUGCACCUGCGUCGUGAAGUCGUUCUUGAACAUUAGCCAGUUCUUUUCUUGGCCAUCGAAGUUUAGCUGCUUGAGGCGCGGGAUCCGGGCAUUCAUGGUUGGGUCGUACCGUGCCAGCGGGUCACUGGUUGUGCUAUCGUGCGAGACGUCCCCCACAGACGGCAGCGUGGGUCCUUGCGGGGCUGUGUCCGGCAGUCCUCGUGCUCCCUCGAGCCCCUGUCCGGUGGUCGGCGCUUGAUCCACACGACCAGCGCCGGGAGGGGCGUGCCUUUCCCCCCGUGACUCUCCCCCGCCGCCCGCUCCGGUCGUACUUCCGGCGGGCGGUGUCUCGGGCACUAACCGAGACAGGGCUUCCAUGACGGUCCCUCACUUCUCGGUCAUCAUACUCUCGAUUCUGGCGGUGGCCUCGUCGACGGCAGUCCUUAGCUCCUCGUGAGUCGGGGCUGCCUUGCCCUUGCCAGCAUCUCCAGAUCCAGUCGACAUGUGUCCGCUUCACCAGGGGAAUAUGGGGUCAACCUUCGCUCUAGAGUGUUGAUUGGUUCCAAGCCUAGUGCUGCUGGAUAAGCACGGCUGACCAGGUUGACAGGGAUGAAGAGAUGGUAAAGUCGUUUAUUAGGUUGCCCUCGUAGACAAGCAACAGGAGAGAGUGGGCGCCACGUGCGCCACAAAGCAUCAAGCAACAGUCGCAAGAUAUUCACCGACGAAAAGACGCGCAGACUUUCUGCAACACGGAACAAUUCCAACUACCAAAGGCAUGUCGGGAGAUACCCCGAAGAUCCACGCCCGUGGAACGGUCACUUGCACACGUCUCGCUCUCAAACCAUA